AUGAAUUUCAGCUUCAAAUGUUACUACAUUUCCAGAGAGCAGAAAAACUGGACCGAGAGCCAACAAUACUGCCGAGACAGAGGGGCUGACCUGGUUAUCAUAGAGACCAAAGAGGAACAGGAGUUUCUGGAAGCUUUUAAGAGAAAGUUCUGGAUUGGGCUGACUGACGCAGAGACAGAGAGGACCUGGAAAUGGGUGGACGGCGCAACGCUGAGCGCGGGGUUCUGGAAAUCUGGCGAGCCUAAUAAUGCUAACUCUGGAGAAGACUGCGCUUGUCUUGAGAGUAAAGACAACCAGAUGAAUGCCUGGAACGACCUCCCAUGCAACAACAUGCAAAACUGGAUCUGUGAAACCACAACCUGUCAGUAA